UUGAAUGAAUUCUAUCUUUCAGACGUAGACGUUCACAUCGGGGAAUGUGCUUCCGAAGAGAUCCGUAUAGCUCGUUUCACUGGUCUGAAUUUCCCUCUUGCUGCGAGGGAAUUCAUAUACGAUCGAAAAAUCGCUGUGAUAGGAGCACGAUCGAUGAAUCCACGUGGGUAUUUCGAAAAAGGAAUGAAAAAUAUGCGACGAUUCGGCAAAGAUUUCACCUUAUACAACAAUCCUGAGACGCGCUUGGCUGGUCAACCUGGCGUGAAUGGAGUUGCAACAGCGAGAGGUCUAGCCCUGCUUUUUCAGCUUACCACAGACGGAACGCUCCUUUCAGCAGAAGGCAGAAAGAUGAUUUCCGAACCUGUGUUUCCAAACGUAUAUGACCACUCUAUUGGCGAAAGAGUCGAAAGAUAA